UUGUUCUACAGGAAAAGAUUGCAUCACGCUUGAUGCAUUUCGGAAUCGGGCCUUUACUGGCGUAUCAUGAUGAUCAUACACAACGAAAGCAUUAUUUUGUAUCGCCGUAUCUCGAGAACGGAGACUUGUAUGAAGCGAUUGCCGCGGACAGAGAUCGUGAGGAGAAAGAUAUUCAACUUCUGUGGAAAACCAGGAUUAAAAUCAUGUACCAGAUUGCAUGUGCUAUAGACUUUAUGCACACCGGAAAUAAAUACAGGAGAGCAGUGUUGCAUAUGGAUAUUAAGUCCAAAAACAUUGUCCUGGAUAAUGAAUUCAAUGCAAGAUUGAUUGACUUUGGACUCUCAAGGGAAUUUAAAGAAGAUAAUGCUACGUCGCUUACUACAACCAAUGCAGGAACUCCGGGAUACUUGCCAAACGUUCAACACAAUAUGCUGACAAGAAACAAUGAUUAUCAUAACUUUGGAGUAGUUAUGCUCGAGUUGAUUACUGGCCUGGAUGCGUCUUCGAAAGUUGAGGGGCUUGAACUACGGCAAUGGCAUACAAGCCUGAUUGUACACAGAACACAGACCAUAUGCAGAACACAAUCAGCUCCGGAAUGGGACACAGCUGUGAAAACGAAAACCAAUAAAAAAGAUAUUCGGUGCGAAAUAUGUUUGGUCAAUGAAGUUAUGAAAGUCGGAUUUGACGGUCAUGACAAUAAUUCACCAGGACAAGCAGCGUGUAAUAGACGGAUCCGCAUUUGUUGCUCUUGUAUGAGGAAUUCAUUCAUCAAUCCAGUAAAGUGUCAUACUUGCGGAGAAACAAUUCAGCCUUUUAUAAAUUCACACUGGGGAGCCAUACUGGUUGCUGGGUAUGAUAAAAACUUCGGACAUGUUUUCCAAAAAGACAUCAUGCAAUUUAAGGAAGUGAUAACAUCGAAGGUACUGCCAGCAAUGUGUAUAAAGUCAGAAAAUGUCAAAACUCUGGCUGAAGAUAUGAAGGGCAUUAAAGCUGAUGAAAAACUUGAUCAGGCAUUUGAUGAUCUUUCCAAAAAGGAUAUUCAAACAUUGUUGUUCGUGUACUCUGGACACCACGAUGAUGAAAGUGGCUUUCAACUUGGUCCGAAUGUAAAUUACCAUUUGGAUAAAAUAAGCUUAAGGCUAAACAAAUGGAACGAAGAAAAACCCCAAUUUGGAAAAGUGAUUGCUUUUCUGGACUGCUGUAAUCCUAAAAAAUUGAAUCUGAAUAGUUCUCUCAAGCUUAUACAGUUCAAUGCUACCUCUCCAACAACGCCUGCAGAUUCCGAAACAAAAGAGGGCAGUCCCUUUUUAAAUUACGUUAUUCAGGCAUUCACGGCAAGAGCGAAUGGUAAAGUCUGUAAAAUAAAGGAUUGUAAAUGUCACGAGCGCAUCCCGGGCAACUUUAUUACUCUUCACGAUUUGUGGGACUAUCUUAACGAACAUAUUCAACUGCAGAAAGAAACAAGUUUAAAAGAGCCGUAUAUGAAUGCAGCAAACAUUGAAUUGCGAGACACACUUAUAGCCUAUAAUUACGAUUUUGAAGUGAAGUUUAAAUUCAAAAUUAAGUGGCUUGAGACGGCAGAACGGAAUAAAUAUGUUCGUCCGAUGGAAUUCAACGAAUUUGAAAGACUAAAAUUGAUUCUUGCUAAAGACAUCUUAAGACACGUGUAUAGUAUCAAUCUAGAGGACUGCAGUGAACUGUCUAAAUUUGCCGAAAUCAUCAGUUUAGAAAUAAACACCGGGCCAAGGACCACGCACGUGCAGGAGAUUGACAAAAUCAGACUGCUUUUGUUAUAUUGGAACUCUAAACGUCAGCUGCGAUGUCUUGCCCGUCUGCUACCCAACGUAAACGUGGAUAAGCCAGUUGGGCGGUGCUUCAAAAAUGUCCCUGACAUACUAGCUGUACACCAGGAUAUUCUUCAGGAAUGCAAUAUAAACGAACAUCAGUUGACACUUCCUAACCUUCUGCAAUAUAAGCAACGGCUGGACAAGAAAAUUAAGACUACAAGACAAUAUGAUGAGUAUAUGUUUGUCGUGGACAUGAUAAUUAAUCAAGCAGCAACACAGCUUCAAGACACACGUUUGGAAAUUUCCUUCUUUGAUCUGACAAAGGACUUCACACUUGUCCACAUGAACCUAGUAAAGACCACUGACGUUCAAUCACAGAAUUCUGGGGAAAGUGCGUUUAACUUUCUGAGGCGUGAUACAGUGGUAACCAAGACAAAAAGGAAGGACCUACAUGACGGGAGACUCGUUGAGCUCACAAACGACCAGAUUGAAGAAUUGAAACGUCCGGAUGUCAGUGACUACCAGGAAUUACUCAGGGGAGGAUUCGGUAAAGUGUACAUAUAUAUCGAUCCCGACUUUGGACUCAUCCUGGACACUAUUUUAACAUCGGUCGAGACAGAAUGA